CCAUGUCAACAUGCCCUUUCUACUUUCAGGAAAUUUGGUGGUGCUUUUGGUCAUAAUCAAGAAUAAGCGCAUGCGCACAAGAACAAACUUUUUCUUGGCCAACUUGGCUGUGGCCGACUUUGCUGUGGGCAUCUUCUGUGUGAUUCCCAACCUGUUCUCGUUCCUCACUCUUCGCUGGAUUCUUGGCAAUUAUAUGUUUACCAUAUGUUUUCCCUACUUGCAGGCGAUGUGUCGGAUCUACUACUUCGUCCAGAGCAUGAGCUACACGGCAUCGGUGCUGUUCCUCGUCGUCAUCGCCGUGGAGCGCUACGUGGCCAUCAUGCAGCCGCUGCGCACCAGACAACUCUUUACCACCCUGCGUCUCCAGGUAGCGCAGGUGUGCAUCUGGGUGCUGGCUUCCGGCUACAACGUGCCCGUCUUCUACAUCUUCGACACGUCCGACAUCCCGACCCCCGAGGGCGUCAAGUCGUACUGCUACCCGACCGUGUCGACGGAGACCAUGCGCAUCUUCGUGACGACCAACUUCGUCGUGUGGUACCUGGUCCCCCUGGCGGUGCUCAUGUACGUGUACUCGCGAAUAGCCGUCACGCUGUGGUCGAGCACGAAGAACAUCCAGACGCACGACGGGGUGCUGUCAGAUAAAAACUCCUCCUCCAGCUGCUGCUGUUGCUGCUGCUGCUGCUGUUCCAAGUUCCACGACCGGCGAGGCAGCGGCGAGGCAGACGAGAAGUACACAGUCCACACAGCACUCACGAACGAGAGCUCGUCGUCCGGCAACAACGCCGACGCCGGCCGAAAGUCGAACGGUCGCGUGGACCACGAGAACGACAUGAGCCGGAGCGAGACGAACCUGAACGCCACGAGGAACUCGUCGCUGGGCGUCCGGUACUGCAUCCCCAACAACUCCCGCCUCAGCAUCAGCUCCGCCUCGGCCUGGUCGAGGAACGCCCGGCUGGCGCACGGCGAGGCGGGGUCGGCGGAGGAGCUGGCGUCGGUGAUGUGCAGCGAGGCGAUGUACAGCGAGAACAGCUGCAGCUUCAGGAGCCGGAUCGCCGUGCGGCCGCCGCGCCAGGCCAACCUCAGCUCCCGCCGGGCCGUCGACUCGCGGCGUCACGUGAUCAAACUGCUGAUCGCGGUGCUCUUCUCGUUCGCCGUGUGCGUGCUGCCCAACCACCUCCGGCUGCUGAUGUCCUACUGGAGUCUGUUUCCAACAAUCAAACUUAGUAUCUUCCCGCCAGUGUCCUUUCUCAUGUUGUUCGUCAACAGUGCUUUGAACCCAGUCCUCUACUGGUUGUUUUCGGGCAGCUUUCGACAGAGUUUCCUCGACACGUUUACGUGUUCUUGCAGAAAGAAGGCUAACGAUCUUGGACGGUAUACGGUGACAUAAGUGGUCAAACAAAACAAAUAAUGGCCUAAUUAUCUUUUUGAAUGUUUUUCUUAUUCUUGUUGGUUCAUAACACCGGACUGUAUUUAGUUUUAAAGGUACUUCGCCAUCAAAAUAUAUUUUUAGCAAUAUUUGUAUGAAAUACAAUUCUUUGUUUUAAAUAUUAUUCCACGCAAGUCCGUGUGUACUUUCAGACUUCUGUUUGUUUAUUGAACCUGUAGAAAGAUUUUGGCGCCUGUACUGGCGUGUGCUAUAACGCGAGUCCUCCUACAGACGAAGUUGUAACCAUAUAUCGUUGUGAAGAACAGCUCACUUGUGUACAUGUAGACGAAACACUUGACAGUGAAACAGUUGUACACCCACACGAUAUUGUUAUAACAUCUUUUGGAAUUGGUCUUGUAAAAAUAUUGAAUAUGCUAAUGGAAGUUUUGUAAUCGCUAUAUAUAUUGCGGUUUUUGUGUAGUUGAUUCCUCUCAUUAAAGAGCUUCGUUUGGAGGGCGAAGUACCUUUAAGAAUAUAUUGUUUUUAAACUCAAACUUGGUCAGAAGGCGAAUGCUAGCUAGACUGAUAACGUCAUUGCGCCUGUUAAAUAAAUGUGAUAAUAUAACCCUGUAAAUCAGUCAAAUUGUUUGCGAGCGUUCGUCCCCCCGAACAUACCACUGGUAAUUAUUUUCGGGCAUCAAAUACUGACUGCAUAAGAAAGAUGACAUAAUUAUGUUCUAACAAUUCAUAAACGUGUCGAAAUACCAUUACAAAAAUUUACACAUGAAAAAAGUAUUUUAUUUUACUUACCUUUAUUGACAUAUCAUGUACAUGUAAAAAGCCUUAACAUUCGUUGUCCAUAAUAACUGAUUUUCUCUAACACAAGGCAAUGUGUAAAUAUUUAAUACAAAUAUAAUAAUUGUAUUAAAUGUUGUGUUGUGAAGUCAGUCUUGUUGUUUACUGCUACGGUCCGCAUUCAAAGCGAUGAUGGAAUGACUUUUUAACAAACUGAUUAGCGAUUACCCAUUACUCCAACCCUUUCUACACGGUCAUAAAUACAUAUCCAUAUGAUGCUUAGUACAUUGUCAAACGUGAGAAACCAUUAUUGACUACAUAAACUGAAAGCAUGUUGGUCAAAAUGAUAUUCGUAUACUGAUGGAAAUAACUAAGGGACCACAUCAGCACUAACAGGGAAGAGUGACUGCAAUCUGAACUACCGUACAUAGUGUCAGGAAGUUCACUGUGUUACUGACAUUCAGACUCACAUUACUGACAAUCAGACUCACAUUACUGACAUUCAAUCUCACAUUACUGACAUUCAAUCUCACAUUACUGACAUUCAAUAUCACCCUUAAAUAUUUGCAAUUACAGCGAAUUAACUAGUAAACUAAUAAAAAUCGUAUUUAAUACAAAACAAAGAAGGAUAUAAUCUAUUUUUCAGAAUAGGUUCUUUAGUACAUUUAGUACAUUAGUACACACACACACACACAUAAGUAUACACACACACACACACACACACACACACAUAAUUAUACACACACACAUAAUUACACACACACACA